AUGAUUUGUAUUUUGGACUAUUCAUCCAAUUUAUUAAAUGAUAUAAACUCCCAAGUUCUUUUCUUGAAGAUAGGAAAAUUAAAGCCAAAACUUCUGCUCUCGCUCUACUUAUAUAUUCCUAUAUAUGCUCUUUCUUUGUGAUCAUUGAGACAAAGAAUAGAGAAAAUACACUCCUUCAUUCUGCAAAAAAUUUUAUCAAUUCAAAAAUUUUGUUAGAUUGUGGCUCCUAAUUCCAUAUUAAAAUAGAUUAUUGUAUUCUAUGUCACAUUGGUGAAAUAUCUUUAAACAUAGUUUCAUAGGCACAUCUCAAGCUACAACAAUUUCGAUGGUUUUCAUCAAUAUUUUCCAACAUUUGUAAAUUAAGAUGGAGAAUUAUUCUUGGGUAGUUUUAGCCAUAACAUGUCUUGUUACCUUACUUGUUCUCUUAAAACUCUUCCAUCAUCAUAAACAAAAUCUUCCACCAGGUCCAAAACCAUGGCCUAUAAUUGGCAAUUUACAUCUUCUUGGUUCCGUUCCUCACAAAUCCCUUCACAAACUCGCGAUAACUUAUGGAGAUUUAAUGCUUCUAAAGUUUGGUACUCGAAAUGUGCUAAUAGUAUCCUCUCCAGAAAUGGCAAGAGAAUUUUUAAAAACAAAUAAUGCAAAUUGGGCGUCUCGCCCUCAACUUGCUGCUGGUAAGUACACUGCUUAUAAUUAUCAUGACAUGACAUGGGCACCUUAUGGUCCAUUUUGGAAACAAGCACGACGAAUCUACCUCAACCACAUUUUCAACUCUAAACGUUUAGACUCGUUUGAGUACGUUCGAGUAGAGGAAAUGCAGAAUUUGAUUUCGCGACUUUUUGAUCUUUCCAUGUUAGGGAAGCCAAUUCUUCUUAGACAACAUUUAACACGUUAUACUCUAACGAGUAUAAGUAGAACCGUGUUGGGUGGAAAAUAUUUUAGUGAGUCAAAUGGUUGUAAUAAUAAUGAAAAGUCGAUAAUAAGUUUGGAGAAAUUGCAGGAUAUGCUUGAUAAAUGGUUUUUACUUAAUGGUGUGAUUAAUAUUGGAGAUUGGAUACCUUGGUUAGGGUUUUUGGAUUUGCAAGGUUAUGUUAAGGAAAUGAAAGAGUUGCAUAAGAAUUUAGAUAAAUUUAAUAAUUUUGUCUUGGAUGAUCACAAGGCUAAGAGGGAUCAAGGAGAUAAGAAUUUUGUGGCAAGGGAUAUGGUGGAUGUUUUGUUGCAACAAGUUGAGGAUCCUAAUCUACAUCUCAAACUUAACACUGAUUCUGUCAAGGGUCUAAUGCAGGAUUUAUUAGCUGGUGGAACAGACACUUCAGCAACAACAAUUGAAUGGGCUUUUCAUGAACUUAUUAAACGACCAAAUAUGAUUAAGAAAGCACAAAAAGAGCUAGACCGUGUCAUUGGAGAUGGGAGAUGGGUGCAAGAGAGAGAUUUCACUCAACUCACUUACAUUGAAUCAAUUAUCAAGGAAACAUUGAGGCUUCACCCGUUAAGCACCAUGCUUCCGCCCCGUACUUCCCUAGAGGAUAGUCAUAUAGCAGGCUACGACAUACCGAAAGGGACGAUUUUAAUGGUGAACACUUGGAGUAUUGGAAGGAACUCGCGGCAUUGGGAGUCACCAGAAGAAUUUAUUCCCGAAAGAUUUGAAGGGAAGGAUAUAGAUGUUACUGGACAACAUUUUGCACUCUUACCAUUUGGUGCGGGUCGGAGAAAGUGCCCGGGAUAUAGUCUUGGGAUUCGUAUCAUUAGGGCCACAUUAGCCAACUUGUUGCAUGGAUUCGAUUGGCAAUUGCCACAUGACAUAAUUAGCAUGGAUGAGAUUUAUGGGCUUACUACACACCCCAAACUUGCUCUCCAUUUGAUCCUGGUGCCUAGACUUCCUCGCCAUCUUUACAAAUAAUGUAUCAAUGUCUUUUUUUUUUUUAGGUACAAUACAUAAAUAUAUUUUUCAAUUUGAUUUCAAAUCACAUUUAUUUUUUCAACUUUGAA